AUGUCCUCCAACGCGUACGCGGGAUCAUGGGCUUCGUUGCCGACCACACUGACUCCUUGGAUCAUGGAUGUCAUCCAGUCUAUGGGAUACAGCCAAAUGACACCUGUACAAGCUUCCACUAUCCCACUGUUCAUGCAGCACAAGGAUGUCGUCGUUGAGGCAGUUACAGGCUCGGGCAAGACACUCGCAUUUGUGAUACCUGUCCUUGAACGACUUAUGCGUAGAGAGGGGAAGCUGCGUAACAAUGAGCUAGGUGCACUUAUAAUCAGUCCAACAAGAGAGCUCGCGACACAAAUCCACUCCGUCUUUUCGCUGUUCUUGUCGAGUCAACCAGGUAGCGAUAUCUCACUCGAUGAAGACCGACCAAUUACUUCUUCCACAAGCUCAUCAAACCUGACAUGUCCACCACCCCUUCUAGUCGUGUCAUCGGAUUCGCCUCCGGCUGAUGAUAUCAAGCGGUUUUUAUCUACGGGGGCAGACAUCGUUGUUGGGACUCCAGGUCGUAUAGAAGAAUUUUUAUUGGGAAGGGGAAGGGAUAUCGUAAAUGUCAAAGAGCUUGAAGUCCUCGUACUUGAUGAGGCCGACCGGCUAUUGGAUCUUGGAUUUCAGAAUACGCUGACUCGCAUUCUAACGCAUUUGCCGAAACAAAGGCGAACUGGCCUCUUCAGUGCAACUAUGACGGAUGCAGACGCGCUUUCUGAGCUCGUCCGUGUCGGCCUAAGAAAUCCAGCGCGUAUAGUUGUCAAAGUGCAGACAAAAAAAUCAAAAAAGAGUGAUUCUAAAGACGGUGAGCGGCAGGCUAAGAGAGAUGUCAUUGAAGAGCGGCGAAUACCUGCGAAUCUACAGAACUUUUAUCUCAGCUGCAGGGCAUCUGAAAAGCUAUUGCAACUUGCCAGGAUCGUGUCCCACGAGGUCAUACAACAUCGAUCCGCUCGCUUCAUAGUUUAUUUUUCAACAUGUGCAUGUGUCGAAUACUUCUAUCGCAUCAUCUCACCAUUUCUUCCUCCCCAAACGACGUUAUAUUCUUUACACGGACAUCUUCCACCUGCAACGCGCACCCGCACGCUAUUUAACUUCGCUUCAUCGCUUGCUCUCCCAUCCACUCCCUCUGUUUUACUCGCAACCGAUGUUGCUGCGCGUGGGCUUGACCUCCCGGAUGUUGAUGUCGUGGUACAAUUCGAUCCCCCUUCGGAUCCAAAAGCGUUCUCACAUCGUUGCGGACGAACUGCGCGUGCGGGUCGUAGUGGGCGAGCGUGGGUCCUUCUUGUGGGUAGGGAACGUGAUUAUGUCGAUUUUCUUGCUAUCCGCAAGAUCCCGCUGAUGGAACACCGUGCCUUUUCCGCUGAGGGUCUAGAACAGACGUCAGGGACAAGCUCAGAGUCAGAAGACACAGAGGUUAUUUCGAUGCAAAUAGAAAUUAGGAAGGUCCUCAUGACCGAUCGGGCGUUGCACGACAAGGCGGCCAAGGCAUUUGUUUCGUUUGUCCGUGCAUACUCAAAACAUGAAGCGGCAUACAUCUUCCGAAUAAAAGACCUGGAUUUGGUUGGUGUUGCAAAGAGUUUCGGAUUGCUUCGUCUGCCCCGCAUGCCAGAGCUCAACGGCGUGCCUCGACUUGACUGGCAAGAUGCACUAAUCAAUUGGAACUCUUUUGCGUACAUAGAUAAGGCGCGAGAGGCCAAACGACUCUCAGACGCUGAGAAACAAUCCUCUGCCUCUGCCUCUUCUGAUAAACGCAGAGCAGAGCGUGCACAGAAGCGAAAAGAGAACGCUUCAUGGAGCAACAAGGCUAGCAAAACGGAAGAAAAGUUGAUAAGGAAAGAGAAGAAAACCCGGAAACGAAAGUGGCAAAAGGAACAAGAUGCAGGAAUAGAAGACGCAACAGGUUUGAAAAGGGCAUUGGGUAACCCUGAUGCUGAAAGUGAUGGGGACGACGACUGGAAGGAGAUGGCAAGAGAGGAGAGGAUGGCAAAAAAGGUGAAGCAGGGCGUUGUGAGUCAAGAAGAUUUCGACGGGGAAUUUGGGGGUUCAUAA